CUCAUGAGCCUUCCGAUUGUUGUCCAAGAGCGAUCCAGUACCACCAUAUUUGCAGACACGCAAUCUUUCAGCUUUCAAACCCAGGCGUAACUGUCGCCUGUAUGUAUUCAAUGCUUCAACUAUGGGACCUUCGAUGGGAGUAUGUCGACAAGAACCAGCUUUGGAGCUUUGAGCUGCACGAAGAACUUGCAGUCGCUGCGACACCGUUGGGUGUCAGCGUAGUACUGUUCGUGGAUUCGACCAUGUGUUUGGCCAUCAGCGCUCAUGCCUGCCAGAAUGUUGGACCUCUGACCGCAACCAGUUUGUGCUUUGGCCCGCUAAGAGAGUGGCUGGGAACGAGAGACCACAAGGGCACCUUGUUCUUCCGGAUGCUGCCACGCCGGCUAAGACAACCCGUGAAAAAUCUGGUCACGAUGUUUCUGUUCUUUCCUAGAAUUACUUCGUCAGCAGCAAGCUCACUGGCAGCCGCGCCACGAGAAUUUCCAGCCAGCAGGCAAAAUUCAGCAUUCUAGAUAGUAGAAUCCUGAUUGCAUUCGACGUGUCUGAGAUAGCCGUCCUCACGGAAGGGUUUCAUGCAGGUGAAUAGUUCUUGAU